AUGUGUGUUUUACCCGAUCGUGUUCACGUUUCCUUGCAAUAUUGGGCUGACCUUGAGGUACAGGACGCUUCUGCCGGCUUCCACUCAGCUCUCCCACGCACCCAAGAUUCGCCUGUCGAUCACUCCCCUCCAGCGGCAGCAAAGUCGUCUGGCUCGACUUUCCCUGCCCACCACGGUGGCGGCGGUCUGCCACAGAUGGACUCGCAGAUUCUGUCGGGACAGCCAUCCGGCCAGCAGCACCCACAGCCUCAGCAGGCACAUCUGUCACAGCAGGCUCGCGAUUUUCCUGUUCUGGUCACUACUGGGGCUGAACAUCAACAGGCUCCUUCGUGCUACACUCUCGCCACAUUUGACAUUCUGGAAGCAGAACAGCCGUCUUCCCAGGCCCACAAGGUUCCCGCUCUCGAGGCCGGACAUCUGCCGACCCAUCAGCCCCAUUCUGACCAGCAUUUCUGCGAGUGGUUUGCCCAGCGACACCGCGAGCGCCUCCAACGGCGUGAGCCGGUGCACGAGAUCAACCAGCUCGCCCGGCUUCAGAAUCUGUUCUCGGUGGAAGCCGACGAAUAG